AUUUCCAAUUGGGAGAGCGGGCGAAGCAGUCGGGAAAGCAGCAAAGCGCGUGUAAACAGCAGGGAAGUCGAAAUCGCAUUUGUGUCUUGUUUUUCUUGGCCAAGUCGAAGAAGUCGCCAGAAUUGGCCAGAAAAACGCAGUGCAGCAGAAAACUGCAGAAUGCAGAAUAAAGCUGGCGUAUAAGCACCGGAUAGGUGUGUACGUGUGAGUGUCUCUCGCAAACGAGCGUCAGUGUGUGUGUGUUUGGUGUUCCACAAAAAAAUAUUGCUCAAUGGCCCAAAAAAAUGGAAUGGGCAAAGAAAAUCAAACAGCCCAGAAAGUGAGCAGAUGAAAAACAACUGCUGGCAAAUGAAAACAAUUUCCCUAACGUGAAAAGUGCGGUGAAAGUGCAGCGAAAGCCAGUGGAAAGCAAAUGCAAAUAAAUGCUGUUUUUGCGCUCAAUUUGAGUUUUUAUUUUUGUGAAAGUCUUGUGCUCUUUCUCUCACAUCUUCCCCUCUUCACCGUUCCACGCUCUUCGCAUCAAUAAACCAACGAAAAAUCAAAGAGAGGUUCAACGAGGAAUUCGGGCUUUCUAACGCAUUUGCUGGCCAUUUGAAUUAUGGCCUUCGUCAACAUGACGCUGCCGUCGCCAGCCACGGUUAAGCUGAGCACAUCAAUCGCCAGAAGCCCCCUGAUCGAGCGCAAUCUGGGCCAGAAUGCGGCCACCAAUGGCGAUGCCAUCGAUGCAAGCGUCGACGGGUUUGCAGCCGACUGAAGUGCAUCCGGUGCAACAGCUGCACUUGCAUGCCACGCCCUCCAAUCCUUCGGAUAUUCACCAGGAUCGGAGUCCACACAACCAUAACGCCAAACUGCCACCGCUGGAACUGCUGGUGGAGAACAAGAUCAGCUACAGCAGCUACCAGCAGCACGCCAAGGACCUCAAGCACCAGAGCCACAAUCAAAACCGAUCCAAGAGAAGUUCCCUCAGCAGUCCCUCGUCCAGCGAGGAUUGCGUUAGUGCUGCCAGGGCCAGUAUCUUUGAUGACGCCGCCGAGAACUUUGUGAUCAAUUUCCCCUCGGAGUCGGCCACCUCGCAGCAUUUGCUGCCCUUGUCGGAGACUGUGCCCCUGCUCACCCACAUCGAGGCCACGGUGGUGGAUAAGCAGCGCUCCAUAAGGCUGAACAAGAACAGUGCCUCGCUGAUCUUCACCAAGAAGGAACUUAAUCAGGGAACCAGGGAACAUCAUCAUCAGCACAAUAAUCAUCAGCACCAGCAGCAGCAACGGCGCCCGCACCACAGUAGUUUGUACGGAGUGGGCAGGAAGCCGACCAAGCACCUGCCGCCUACUAGAGGACAGCACCAGAGGCGCAGUCUACCUCUUAGCUACAACAACAAUCUGGUGACCACCGCUCCAUCAGUAGGAGGGGCAGGAGCUCCCGGUGGAGCAGCCAAACUAGUGCCGCUCAAGCAGCAGCAUCAGCAUCACGGAGCGGGCCACACGGCACCACCCACGGCGAACGUCGUUGUUGCCGGUGGAGCGGGAGCGGGAGCUCCGUCUGCCCGAAAGCAACUCUCCUACUCCUGGUACGCGCCCGUCUACAGUGCGCUCGAGGAGGAGCUGGAGCAGGACUCGCGGGACUCUUCGCCAAUCCACAAUCUGGCCAACACAAAGCAGCACCAGCGGUCCGCCAGCCAAAAGGCAUCCACCGCCCUGCAUGCCACGCCCCGCCAAGAUCGCUCCCACGAUUCCGCCGACGCCGAGACGGUUGCGCUGCUGGACACGCAGACGCGCAGCAAGAUCAUCAUUUCCUCGGCGAAUGGUGACUCUGGCGGAGCGGGGUCAGGAGGUGGAGGCGGCGGCGGAGGAUCCGGAAACGGCAGGGUACUGGCAGCGAACGGAGGAGGAGAUCUGGAGAGCUCGUUGGGACUGUCUGGUGGUGGGCAAUUGCCACGAAAGCGUCGCAUUGAGAACUUUCUCAAAUCGCUGGUGGGACUCAAGGCGAGUAGCAGUCGCGGCGGAGGUGGUGGCAAUGCUGGUGGGGGCGGGGCAGUACCAGAUCGGGAACGUCCUGCCUCCCCAGAAAUUCGGAUCACCCGCACUCCAUCCGAGCAGGAUGUCGUGCUGCGAGAUCCUUCUGGCCGACAGCUAGCCAACGGCCAUGGUCGUGGCAGCCUGAGCAUCAGCGGUUCGAGCAGCUCCUUGAAUGUGGUCCAGCAGAAGAUAUGGCACAUCAUGCGACGCGAGGGUAGCGCCAGCAGCUUGCACCAGGAGAAGUCCCAGUCGAUUGUCCAGUACACGGGACUGCGAAAGUGCGAAACGGUCCUAGCACUCACCCGUCAAUCGCAAUCGCAUGGCCACGUUCACGGCUUGAGCCAGAGUCGAAGUCAGGGAAACUCCUUGGCGGUCCAUGGCAGCGGGAUCUUCAGCUCUGGUGGCGUGGAGCAGAUCCGACCACUGAAUCGCCUGCGGAACAGCGUGAACAGCAUCAACGGCGUGGGUACCUGUUCGCGCUGCUCUAGUCUGUUAUCCCUGGCUGCCUCCGGAUCGCGUUACUCCCUGUCGAAUGGAUUUGCGCCCCGGCCAACUUCGGCCCUCAAUCACCUAGAAGCUGGAUGGGAGGACGAUCAACGGCGUGCGCAGGAGCCGCAUAUCAACGUGAAUGCCCAGAUCAGACUGAGCGGUGUAGCAACUGCCAACUCGACCAGUCCCAGUCCGCCGUCCAAUGUGACCACGGCCACACUGCACUCCAGUUCCGGCAAUAAUCUGAAUCAGGAACCGCAGCAGUGCUCGUCGACGCCCGCCACCACGCUCACUGAGACACCUGGGAGCGGCGAACUGGGACCCUUCGGUACCAAUCAUGCAUAUCCACUGACCGUAAGCUCCCUGCUCUCCAUGGCCAGUGCGAAUCAAGCGGCGCAGGCAUGCUGCGUUCGGGACGGGAUUGCCCUAAAGCGACGAGAGAUGCUGGCCUCCGCCGAUGUCACGCCCUCGGUGGGCACCCCGGCCACGCCCACCACCGCUUUCCAGCGCUUCACCUGCAAGCUGUGCCUCAUUGAUGUGGAAGACGUGGGCGAGGCCAUGGCGCUUCAGCAGUGCGGCUGCCAGUUUUGUAUUGAGUGCAUGCGUGCCUACGUGGAGUUCGAGAUUUCCGAGGGCGCCUACGAGAUCUCCUGUCCGGAUGCCACGUGCCCGGCCGAGGGUGCCAUUUCCCUGCCCGAGAUAGCGAACCUAACCACAACGAAUCUGAUGAAGAAGCACCAUCGAUAUCGCCUAAAUCGAGAAAUCGAAUUGGACAAGACGCGCACCUGGUGUCCACGGGCUGGCUGCGAGACCAUCUGCACGGUGGGUGCAGCAGCACAGCCCGGCCAGUCCAGCGCCAUUUGCCAAAUGGACGAGUCGCCGUCGACCUCGCAGAGCUACAGUCCACAGCAGGAGGCGGCCGGAAACGGAAGCACAGGUGCCACGGCCGGAAACGGAGCUCCCGUGCUCUCGGUGUCCGUUCACUGUCCCUCCUGCAAGGACGAAUUCUGCGGCCUCUGCAAAAAGGCGUACCAUCCGAACAUAAGCUGCGAGGAGUUUGGACGGCGCCUGAUUGCCGAUGGCCAGGACGACAUUGGCAUACCGUUCGACAACGAACUGAUCAAGUGCUGCCCCAUGUGCGCGGUGCCCAUCGAAAAGGACGAGGGCUGCGCCCAGAUGAUGUGCAAGCGCUGCAAGCACGUCUUCUGCUGGUACUGCCUGGCCAGUUUGGAUGAUGACUUCCUGCUGCGCCACUACGACAAGGGACCGUGCAAGAACAAGCUGGGGCACUCGCGUGCCUCGGUGGUCUGGCAUCGUGCCCAAGUGAUCGGAAUCUUCGCCGGCUUUGGCAUUCUGCUGCUGGUGGCCUCGCCGCUGCUGCUCUUGGCUGCUCCCUGCAUCAUCUGCUGCAAGUGCAGAGGGUGCACCGGUUCCAAGAUCGACGAGGUGGACGCCGAACUGGAGGAGGAGGUCACUGCGCUGCAGGGCUAGGUGGCUAGAUCUCCACGCAUCCCCAUCCAUACGCGACAUAGGCUGCAGCCUGUAAAUGCAGCUGCUGUAAUUACUGGUAGUUUCUAUUGUUAAUGACGACAGCUUACGUACAUUUAUUUUAGUUAUUACAAUUAUAAUUGUAUAUGUGUUAACUAAAUUGUGAUAUUUACAGUGAUUCGAUUUCUAAUUGAAUCGACAAAUUUGUUGAGAACCUAUACAAAGACAAGACGCCUUCGAUUCUUUUUAGGUUCUGUCUCUACAUAUAUUCUUUCCUCCCCCUAACCACACCUUUGAAUAUAUAUACGACUAAACCAAUCUGUAUAAAUCGAGUAGGUCCUCUUCCUAGCGCAUAAAUUAGUCUAAAUAUAUUAGGAGUACGCCUCGUAUUGCAACAGUGCUUUUAUAACGCACCCACCCAAACAAAAUCGCCCCACUCACCACUCAAUCCUUCUCUCAAGUAUUACGCAUGCAACUAACACCCAAAAUUGAUGGGUCACUUUGAUCAACUGCUUGGCAAUGCUUUUAUCUACGCAAACAAAUAUAUACUGCAUAUAAAGGAGGUGUAUAUGAUGUCACUACUACUGUUUAUUGAAUGUAUUUAAUUGUAAAUUUUACUACGCAGCUAAAACAAAUGUAUAUCAAAUCGCUGCUCUCGGGUCGCUUGCCUAAAGUCUGGCAGGUGCACCUAGCUGGGGAUGAUUUGGUUAAUGUAAAUUAUUGAAUUAUUUAAUGCAUAUACACUCAGAACACAUAUAUCAAAAUACGUAUGACAUAAAAGUGCGUGUAUCUUUAAAGAAAACAUAUUUAAACUUUACUCUUAAUGUGAACAACUACCGCGUAUGCUGUUUGAAAUAAAAAUGUUAAAAGAAAACUUUGCAA